GGUGAUUUGUCCUGAUGGAUGCCUGACACAGAAUGCUCCUGUUUGGGGACAUGAAUAUGGCUUAUGCAGAUGAAUCUUCUGUUUGUCGAGCUGCAAUUCAUGCAGGAAAAAUACCAGAUGGUGGUGGAUAUGUGGUUGUGGUUAAGAGAUUGGGAGAUGCAUUUUACAGCGAAUCCUCAAGAAAUGGAGUAAGAACGAAAAGCAGGGGCCCAUCAACCGGGUCUUUUGUGUUUGGUUCUAUGUCUGAUUUCCAGUUCUCUGCUUUAAACGUUGGCAAUUCUGAACAUAGCCUUCAACAAUCAGUGUCUGCCUGUUGCUCAACAAAAGCCAAGGAUCUGCCUGCACAAACCACAUUGGUGAUUUGUCCUUAUGGAUGCCUGACACAGAAUGCUCCUGUUUGGGGACAUGGAUAUGGUUAUGCAGAUGAAUCUUCUGUUUGUCGAGCUGCAAUUCAUGCAGGAAUAAUACCAGAUGGUGGUGGAUAUGUGGUUGUGGUUAAGAGAUCGGGAAAGGCAUUUUACAGCGAAUCCUCAAGAAAUGGAGUAACAACGAAAAGCAGGGGCCCAUCAACCGGGUCUUUUGUGUUUGGUUCUAUGUCUGAUUUCGAGUUCUCUGCUUUAAACGGUGGCAAUUCUGAGCAUAGCCUUCAAACAUCAGACAAAACACCGACACCUAAACUAGAGCGCGGAUACUUUUCCACAUGGCGUUAAGUAAUCCACCUUCUGCAAUCUAAACUGCUUUAUACCAAGAAAUUUACUAGACAAGACUAUAGUUAUAGUUAUAGAAGCGGCUUAAAUAUGUAUAGAAAUUGAUUUACUGUAAUGUUUAAUCAGUAUAUAUUGCAGUGCAUUACAGGA